CCCCGAGGCCGCCGAGUGCUUGGUGUGCUCGGAGCUGGCACUGCUGGUGCUGUUCUCGCCGUGCCAGCACCGCACGGUGUGCGAGGAGUGCUCGCGGAGGAUGAAGAAGUGCAUCAGGUGCCAGGUGGUCAUCAUCAAGAAGCUGCGUCCAGAUGGCACGGAGGUGGUCAGCGCGGCCCCCGCACCCGGCCCGCCGAGGCAGCUGGUGGAGGAGCUGCAGAGCCGCUACCGGCAGAUGGAGGAGCGCAUCACCUGCCCCAUCUGUAUCGACAGCCACAUCCGCCUCGUGUUCCAGUGCGGCCACGGCGCGUGCGCGCCCUGUGGCGCUGCGCUUAGCGCCUGCCCCAUUUGCCGCCAGCCCAUCCGCGACCGCAUCCAGAUCUUCGUGUAGCCCCCGCCCCCACCGGGUCCGCCUCGUCCCGGGGCCACGCCCUGCGGCCGCCUUUGCACACCCCUAUCCAGUGUUUUAUAAAAAGAUCCACUGAC